AAAGGAACCCUGGGAGUCUACGAGAGACCAGGUGGAUAUAGGAAUAAAAGUCCUCUGAUUUAGUUUCACGUGAAAUCAACUUACAGUCACCAGAGUAUUGGAUAUUGUGCUGGGGAGCUAACGAGUCCAACCGACCGGCUCUUCUGAGUGAGGUCCACCUGCUUUGGGACUGUGGGGUGUGGCUGUGGUGUGUGUAUGUUUUGAACUCAUCACCUUCUUCACUUCACCAAUCACCUAAAAGCUUUUAUCCGCCAGUCUCUCUGCCCAUCCACCAGUGCGCCAAUCAGCUCCCCACAUGUGACUCUCAAGAAACAGGAAGGAGCCACGUCACUAAUUUAUCAGCACAAUCCCUGAAAAUAGCGAGACUUCCUGCAGCGACUUUCAGGAUUUGUUGGAUUUCUCUAGAUCAUGAUCUGUGUUGUUCUGAUGACUCUCCUGUCUGUGGCUGCUGCAGCGUCCCAGCAGGCUCUGACCUGCAGCGGGACGCCUCAUCCGUCUGGGUCAACCUCCUACUGGCUCUCCUCACCGCCGCCACGCACCGGCUGUGAGACGAGCUGGGCGGACAAAAACAAAACCGCCCUAGUCACUCAUUUGAAUUCUAGCAUGUACGCCCACAACGUGUCCAAGCAAGGUGUCACCAUGAAACAGUGCUGGGGCCUCCUGAUCUUCAUGAUGGACUGUCGCCCUGCGGACACGAAGUUCGACCCGGUGGAAGUCGAGUGCAGAGUCAACUGUACCUUGGCAUCAGGGCCGAGUCCUGCACCGGGGCCGAGUCCUGCACCGGGGCCGAGUCCUGCACCAGGGUCAAGUCCUGCACCCAACUCUGGAGAGGGGAGCUCUGAAACGCCACCCUGGGUGGCUUGGCUUGGGGGCGGCUUAGCGUUCCUGGCCGUGUUUGGCCUGGCUCUCGGUUUCUUUCUCUACAAGCACAGAGGAGGAAACUGCGUGGAGCGCAGCAGCGUGAGAUAUUCUGCAGCGGACAACCACGUCAUCAUGAAUGGAGGAAAGACAGUUUGACUUAUUAUGGUGUAACAGAACAGAGGCCCAACAUGAACACACACUCUGAUUCAGUUCCAGUCUGUUAGAAUGAAAAUCUGAAAUAUAUCUUUCCAUAACAACAACACCAACAACAAUAAUAAUGAUAAUAAUAAUAGGUUACAUGGAUAUCUGACAUGUAUAGAUCCUUCAGUUGUGGAAACUGAAAGAUCCAUGCAAAAUAUUAAAUAAUGUAUUAAACAUUAUCUUAUAUAGUUUCAUAUAUUGUAAGUAUUAUAAGUGAUGGGCUCUUAAAGUCAAGCCUAAAAUCUUUGAAAUCAAGCUUUUCUUUAAUGUCAUCCCCUGCUUUAUUGCUCCAAUUUAAUGUAUCUUAUCACAGUUUGUUUGUUUUAAAUCUUCUAAUCAUUUGGUUUUAUUUGUCUUGUUGAUUUAAUCUUUGCUUCUGCUUUCUCCUCCCCAUUGUUUUGAAAGGUGCUUUAUUAAUCCAAUUUCUCAUUAUUAUUAUUAUUAAUAAUUAAAUAAGAAUAAUAAUUAAAAACCAGAUAGGAACCAGAGGCAGAUGUGCUUUAUUCCCACACAUGGCUCCAUUUUGGCACCAAUUACCUUCAGUGCUAAUAUGGAAACUAAUUCCUGUUUCCUAAGUUGGCUCAGUCAUCUUUUUCUGCCCAGCAACAUUAACCAGUUUUUUAACUAAAAUGAACAACAGAAGAAAAAACAGAGGAACCAGAAGCAGAAUGUGUUUUAUCUCCCCUCCCAGGAAGAUGAUGCAUUACCGUUGGUGUCAAAAUGGAAAAAUACUUCCUGUUUCCAUCGUGGGCUCUGUCAUCUCUUUUCUGCCCUGCAACAUCUGUGCAGAAGGGAGCCGACAGACAGCAGCUCGGCCUCCUGGUUUGUUCUUCUGCAAAAUAAUAACUUUGUGUCAGGAAAUCUGCGGCUUGUGAAAAUCAAAUCCAGACAAUUUUUCUCCUCCAGAAUGAGGAACCGCAAACAAACCAACAGUUGGACACAGACAUGACGCGGUGACAGUUGAUGCCUCU